AUGGAGUUUUGGAAACAUAUAAGUUUUUACAAGUAUUUUGAGAACAAAAACUGGACAGAAUAUUUUUAUUCUGGCAAGAGAUUUUUAUCUCAUUUCUGGAAGAAUUUUUUUACUAAUGUUGAAAGUUUCUUGUGCAGUACUUGUGUUAAAGUGGAGAAUGGAAAUCAAACUCUGUUUUGGUUUGAUAAAUGGUCAAGUACAAAUACUCUGGCUUCUUUGUUUCCUGCGCUUUUUCAUAUUGCAGAGUUUCCUUAUGCUUCUAUUAGCAGUUUGAGGAAAAAAAUUAAUAAUGAGUGGGUUUGGGAUAUCAAGUUUCAAAGACAACUGACUGGAAAUUUGGUUUUUCAAUAUUUUGAUAUGUUGAAGAGUAUUAUGUCUGUUAACUUUCUUCACAGGGAGGAUAAAAGAAUGUGGAUCUGGGAAGCAAAAGGCAAGUUCACUGUUAAAUCAUAUUAUCAUUUUCUUACUGAUGGAGGAUUAAGGUAUGCAUAUAUCAAUCUUUGGAAACUCCCUGUUCCUUUAAAAGUGAAGUUUUUGGUUUGGUUGGCUUUAAGAAGUGGUUUAAACACAAAAAAGAAUUUGGAGAAGAAAGGAUCACAAAUUUCUGAUUGUGCAGCUAGAUUACAAGAGAGGAGGAGAAAGAAGGCUGCUGCAAAUGCUGAGAGGGUUUCGGUUCCUGUGGUGGGGGUGAUAGACUUGCUGGAAUGA